AUGGAAGAAGAGAAGAUAUCACUGUUGAUGAAAAAUUGGGCGAUCGAUAUUGAUGUUUUGAAUAGAGAUUCCCAGAAGGCGCGAUGGAAUAAGCCUUCUAUUUACAAGUUGCCGGCACCUAGCACAGGUGGUAGCAGUUUCCACCAUAACGAUAACAACAAGAAGUCCGCUGCUUACCUUCCUUACACUGUCUCCUUUGGUCCUUACCAUCACCACAAGGGUGACCAUCUGAAGAAGAUGGAUCCCCAUAAGCACCGCGUAGAUCAUGUUGACGAGGCCAAUACUGAUCCAAAAGCGUUACCUAUACUUGCUGAGAAGGAGGUAUUACCUGUACUGCAGCAUCUCAUGGAUUCUUAUGACUCCCUGGAUGGUGAGUGGCUCUAUGAUCGAGAUGGGUUCUUGAAGCUCAUGAUACUUGAUGGGUGUUUCAUGCUUGAAAUUUUACAGUGGUCGUCCGUAUAUGACAAUCACAACGCAUUAUCAUCUGGAUCAGUUACAGCAGCUACAUCCUUGGCCGGCUCAAUUGAUGACUACUUCUAUGCUGACAACGACCCUAUAUUCAGUCGUCAUGGCAAGUUAUAUGUCAUGUCUUACAUAAGGAGGGACAUGUUGAUCCUCGAAAACCAACUCCCUAUGCUUCUUUUUAGGACUUUGCUCGGUGCCGUUCUACCCACUCAACAGAAGGAGGAUAUCGAAGAGCAUUUGAACACGAUUGCAUCCAACUUCUGUAGAGGCAAUUCAAGUUAUAGAAAUCAAAAUACGGGUUCAUGUUUGCACGUAUUAGACCUCUACAGGAAGAGUCUGUUAUCUAUUUUGCCAGAAGACCUACGGGAAGGCUCCGCCCUUAAAAAUAAGAAAUCCGGUGAUCAUUACUGUUGGGGUCGCAGUAAGGCGAAAGGUCCCACUACUCUAUUUUCUGGUCAGACAGCGAGUGCUGAUCAGAAGAAUAGUACUGCUGGUAGCGAUGGCACCGGUGAAGAUAUCAUAAGGUCGGCAAUGAAUCUUCAUGACUCUGGUAUCAAGUUUGAGAAAAGUACGGAUAACCUGACUGACAUAUGGUUCGAAGGUCACGUACUGAAACUCCUGGUGAUGGUCAUCGACAACAUUACAGAAUCAACGUUACUCAACCUGAUGGCAUUCGAGAGGUUCCACGUAGGAGCAGGGAACGGGAUCACGUCAUACGUGUGCUUCAUGGACAAUAUCAUUGAUUUCUCGGACGAUGUUAAAAUCCUGAGAUCCGCUGCGGUUUUGCACAAUGCAAUUGGGAGUGACAAGGCAGUGGCGAAGCUGUUCAACGAGAUGACCAAGGACGUAACACCCGACCCUGAAAGCAGGCUAGAGAAAAUAGUGCAGAAGCAGUUGGAUGAAUACUGCAGGAGCCAGUGGCACGAGUGGCGUGCUAAUCUUUGCCACACCUACUUCAAGAGCCCAUGGGCUCUUCUCUCACUGUUGGCUGCAGUCUUUCUCUUGGCUCUCACCAUAUGUCAGACAUUCUAUACCAUUUAUCCAUACUACAAGCCCAGUGGAAAAUAGUACUUCUUGUACCCUCCCUUCUCUACAUGGUAUUGCAUCUUCAUCUUUUCUUUCUUUCUAGUUUGUCUUUGCCGGUUUGCUUCCUAUAUUUUAUCAAUAAAGCCUUCUCGUCCCGUGAGUUUUGUGUUCAAAUAAGAAACUAAUGUAU